UACCGGCACCGGCAGCCGAGCACCGGCUCCACCGACCGGCACCGACAGCGGCGCCGGGCACGGGGCAGCGGCAGCGGAGAGUGGCACCGGACACGGGCAGCAGUGAGGAAGCAGAGAUCCCGGCUCCAGCCCAGGAAGCCAUCAGGGAAGUUCACGCAGUCUCCGGCGGGUUUCGCGUUGUGGCCCCCCAGACGGAGCAGAGGGGUGGAGAGCAUCAGAAGCCCUCCGGUCUCCUGGGGAAACCGAGGCACCGGGGCAGCUCCCCGCACAAGCCGCCAGCCGCCGCUGCCCUCGCCCAGCGGGAAGCAGCAGCCAUGGAUGAAGCGACGGAGCUGGAGCUGGGGGGCAACUCCCUCCUGAAGGCCGUGUGGCUCGGCCGGCUCCGGCUGACCCGGCUGCUGCUGGAAGGGGGGGCUUACAUCAACGAGAGCAACGAGAAGGGGGAGACGGCGCUGAUGGUGGCCUGCAUCACCACGCACGUUGACCAGCAGAGCAUCCACAAGGCCAAGAUGGUGAAGUACCUGCUGGACAACAGAGCCGACCCCAACAUCCAGGACAAGUCUGGGAAAACCGCCCUCAUGCACGCCUGCAUCCGAGGGGCCGGGGGGGACGUGGUGUCCCUGCUGCUGGAGAGCGGGGCGGACCCCAGCCUGGAGGACCACUCAGGAGCCUCGGCGCUGGUCCACGCCAUCAAUGCCGAGGACCAGGCUGUGCUGCAGCACCUACUGAACGCCUGCAGAGCCAAGGGGAAGGAGGUGAUCAUCAUCACCAUGGACACAUCGGCCUCCGGCACCAAGACCGCCAAGCAGUACCUGAACGUCGCCCCUGCGCUGGAGUUCAAGGACAGGGCUCCCCUCGAGGAGGGCGCAGCCCCCUCCAGUGCGCACCUGAAAGCUCCCGUCGCAGCACCCUCCCCUGCCGAGGAGAGCAGCGCUGUCACCCCACGCCCCUCGCACGCCGGGGACACCGAGCCACCCUCCCCAGGCCAGAGAGCUGGCACUGCCCGCAGAGCCCACCUGCCCCGGCUGAAGCGACUGCGCUCAGAGCCGUGGGGUCUGGUGGCACCCUCGGUGCUGGCGGCCUCCAGUCACCACGACGACACGCGGCUCCGCGCUGACGGCGAGGUCGUCGCGGGCAUGGGAGACCUCUCGCUCUCCAAAAAGGCCUCCCUCAGCCGGAGCAGCAGCAGCAAGGGAAGAGACCCCUCUCUCUUCCCUCCGGUGGAUGAGCAGGCACUGGGGCCGCUGGCACGGAAAGCCACCCACGAGAAGAGCCCAGGCACCCACCCGUGCCUGCCCCGGAGCAGCACGGUCCCAGAGGAGCCAGAGAGCGCCAGCCCGGCCGCAGGGAAGGACGCUCCACACCGGUGGAGGCCAGGCACCGAGCACGACGGGGACUCCCAGGUCACCGAGGCGGGGAGGGGGCCGUCGGAGAGGAGGAAGCUGAGCGGGUCCCAGCUGGCCUCGCUGGACGGUUCCUGCGACUCUCCCUCCGGCAGCGCCAGCGCAUCGCCCAGCACCGGCCGGCGCCGGCCGCCCGGCAUGCUGGAGAGGAGAGGGUCCGGGACCCUGCUGCUGGACCACAUCUCCCACACCAGGCCAGGAUAUCUGCCCCCCUUGAAUGUGAACCCCAACCCCCCGAUUCCUGACAUUGGCUCCAGCAAAGCCCCCUCCCCGCUGGCUGCUGGGCUGAAGCCGCUGGUGCCGCUCACGCCCAGCUCACCCAGGCGGGGUGACCUGAGAGCCCACAGGAAGCUGCUCCGCAGACAUUCCAUGCAGGCGGAGCAGCUGCGGCACCUCUCCGAUUUUGAGGAGGUCGUGGCGCAGUAGCCGUGCCACCGUUUGUUCACGGGGAGGCGGCGGCCGCCGGGCUGCCCCUGCAGAAACGGGGCGGUUCCCACACAGAGCGAGCUCCGGGGACACGCUGGUGGCCAGGGGGUGCGGCCCUGAGCUGAAUCGGGAGCGGGCUGACGGGGAGAUCGAUCCCCCACCAUCCUGGACCGCCAAGCUCCGUGCCAAGGAUCCCACCUGGAUCACUUAUUCCUCACUAGCUGCAAUCCGCUUGUCUUCAUCCUGCUGGUUCUCUCACCGAGUCCCCUCCCGGAGCCCCGGGGGUGAUCUCUGGGGCCGAGGCGUUCAUGAAGUGCUUUCCGGGAGGGGAAGGGGCUCGGUACUGCGGGGGCUGGAGGAGUGGGAGCACCCGUCCAGCCACGGACCGUGCCGGUGCUGUCCUGCAGCGGGAGACGGAGACAAUCCUCGCAAUCCUCCGCCUCCGAGAUUCCCGAGCGCUCCGGAGCUCCAGCGGCUGAGCUCACCCGGCACCGCUGCAGCCCCGUCGGCUGUGGGCCGGGACGGGUUUGUCUCUUCUCUGAAGCGUCUGAACUUUAGGGGGUUCAUUCCCCAGCACGCCGAGGAGCUCCGAACUCAAGAAGCGCCGAGCCCCCGAGCCGCUCCCGGCCCGGCUGCGUGGAAAACCUCCGCCAGCGGCGGGGAGCAAGGGGUGACCGAGGGUGGCAAGGGCUGUCCCCUUGAAUUCAUCCCCCCGGGAAAGCCGCAGGCAGGACCCCGCUGUGCUGCCUGCCCCGCUCGGGGAGCCCCCAGCCCCGCGGA